AUGGUGCUUACGAGAUCUCGCGCAGAUAGUCCGUCGGCGGGCGCGGCCCAAGCUAAUGUGGUGUCGUCGCCGCCGCCCACUCCGGAGGCUGUACAACAACCUGCACCUGCGCCAGAGGCUGUUUCAUUGCCUCCGCUUGCUCCGAUCAUGAUAACAACCGAGCAGCUGAGAUUUUUAAUGGAAAGGGUAAAUGGCCCACCAACUUUAAGUAGUUCCUUACAUGGAAAUUUCGCAAAAUGCACAACACGAUUCGACGGCGAGAAGUCAAGCAACGUGGAAUCUUUUGUAGACGCCAUAGAGGUCUAUAAAGAUUGUGUUGGAGUAAGCGACGAAAACGCCUUGCGUGGCUUGCCUAUGUUACUCACCGGGUUGGCUGCGAUAUGGUGGCAGGGUGUGAAGGAUCAUACCCCAACCUGGUCUGCCGCCAUCGAAGCACUCAAACAGACGUUUGGACCAAGGUUGCCCCCACACAAAAUUUAUAGAAAAAUAUUUGAAAGGGAACAGCGUAGUAACGAAGCUACAGACCUUUUCAUAUGUCACAUCAGGGCAUUAAUGUCACAGUUACCCCUUCAUUCCCUGUCGAUGACCGUGCAAUUAGAUAUGACGUACGGUUUGCUACAUUUAAAGAAAGAAUUGUGA